UAUUGGCCAUAAUUAAACCAAAUCUUUCGGAACAACAAAUAGGUAGCACAACUUUACAUAUAUAUGAAUUACAGUUUUAUAAUUAUGAUUUUCUCAUUUGUUUCUUUUAGCUGAAAUCGAAGAACAAAUUAGAAAGUCUGGCUUUUUCAUCUUGGCGAAAAAGACAGAAAAACUAACACAGGAGAAUGCAGCACAGUUCUAUCAUAGUCAUCAUGGUAAAGACUAUUAUGAAGAAUUAAUAAAUUAUAUGACAAGUGGACCAUCAGAAAUAUUAGUAUUGUCGAAAGAAAAUGCUGUUGAGAGUUGGAAAGAAUUAAUGGGACCAGAAACUCCAAAACAGGCCAUGGAAACGGCACCAGUCAGUUUACGUGCAUUAUACGGUGUGGAUUUGGUACAUAAUGCUGUUGAUGGUUCUUCUGAUGUUGACCAAGCGAAAACUGAGAUUACACAACUUUUUGGAAAUAUUGAUACAAUUGAUGAAGAUGAAGAAAAUGUUAAUGAAGAAGAUCCUAUCAUAAUCACUGAAGAAAAUUUUGAAGAACUCACACGAGCUGCCACUACGAUCCAAAAACGUUAUAAACUGUUUAAAAAGAAAACAGAUAUUUCCUCUGAUGAAACCGUAGGAUAUUGA